GGUGCCUAGAGCGGAAGGCUCUCUCGUCGUCCUCUCUCUGUUCCAGGCCAUGGCAGAGCAAGAGGGGUACUACCUGGCGCUCUCCGGGGCGCGCAUCGCCUUGCAGCGCCUUCGCCACAGCGCCUCCUGCCGGGAGUUCCAGGUGCGGUGCCCGAGGCUGCAGCUGCGCUCCCUCAGCGCAGUCACGUGCUCAGUGUGGCUCGUGGCCUACGGGCUCUUCGUCCUCAGCCAGAACAGUUUACCACUCUCUGCUGCUAUAUUCAUCACACUGAUCGGCUUGCUUGUGUACCUGCACUUUGUAAAAAUUGACCAGGAGUCCCUGCUGAUUAUUGGCUCACUUGGAAUACAGAUGACAUCAUCUUAUGCAUCUGGCAAAGAGAGUACAACUUUUAUAGAAAUGAGCCAGGUAAAAGAUGUGGUCAUCAAUGAAGCCAUCUAUAUGCACAAGGUUAUCUAUUAUCUAUGCAUUCUUCUCCAAGACCCUGUGGAACCUGAUGUUGUUUCUGAGGUAGUACCACUCUUUCAGAGCUCGAAGCCACGUCUAGACUGUCUUGCAGAAGUGUAUAAAAGUUGCCAGGAGAUCCUGGAGCAGAGAAAGAAAUCUUGAUGCCACUUUUUAACACAAAAUAUUUAUUAAGAACACAUAUCUUAACAAAGGCCCAGUAGAACUUUAGAUUCAUGGGAUUUCUUGAACAACGAUGUACUCCUUCCUCCUCCAUUGCACAGAUCGUUCUAAGCUGAAGUAGCAUCUGCAUGGUGUUGUUUGUUAUUAAAUGCCUUCAAGCCGACCUCAACUCAUGGGGACUUUAUGGAUGACUUCUCCAAGACUCCCUGUCUUCUACUGCUCUGCUUCAGUUUUGCAGACUCAUGCCAUGAUCUCACUAAUUGAAUCUAGCCAUUUGACACACAUUCCUCCUCGCUUUCUUCUGCCUUCAACAUUUCCCAGUAUUGUUGCCUUUUCUAAUGAGCCAUGCCUUUUCACGAAGUGGCCAAAGACGACAGACUCAAUUUGAUCAUCUUGGCUUCUAGGGUAUGUCAAACAUCUGCUUAUACCAUCCAAAAACUAACAAAUUCACAUAGAAUAAAACAACACAAGAAAAAUA